AUGAAGAGCUUCGUUGCAGACAAAACGAGCCUUUAUCACACUACUGCUCCAUCACUGCUUCCAAGCCUUCCAUCUCUUCCUCUCAACAACAACACAAACACUAAUGGCUUCGCCUCCUCCACUAACAUCUCUUCUGUCCCCAGCUCCUUCAUCAACCUCGACCAAGGAGAUCCAGUGGUGUUUAAGGCGUACUGGACGAAGAUGAGCGAGGAGUGUAAGGUGGAGAUAAAGGGGUGCGAGCUUCUGAGUUAUCUGAGUGAUCUGAGGAGCGUGUGUUGGUUCAUGAUGCCGGAGCUCAGAGACGCCAUUAAAAGGCUUCAUGCUUUGGUCGGUAACGCAGAGACGGACGAUAGGCACAUUGUGGUUGGAAAUGGCUCCACGCAACUCUUUCAGGCAGCUCUCUUCGCUCUCUCUUCUUCUUCCUCCUGCGAUGACCACAUCAACGUCGUCGCUGCUGUUCCAUAUUAUUCGGAGUACGAAGAUCAAACAGAUAUUUUGCGUUCAGGGAUAUACAAAUGGAGUGGUGAUGCAAUGGAGUAUGAUAAGAAUGAAGCAUAUAUUGAGGUAGUGACAUCUCCUAAUAACCCAGAUGGGAGUAUGAGAGGACCUGUGGUGAAUAAGAAAAAAUGUGGAGUUGAAGGGAAGCUGAUUCAUGAUCUUGCUUACUACUGGCCUCAAUACACUCCCAUUACUCAGAAGGCCAAUCAUGAUCUUAUGCUCUUCACUUUCUCGAAAUGCACUGGUCAUGCUGGUUCUCGUAUCGGGUGGGCUAUUGUGAAGGACAAAGAGAUUGCGAAGAAGAUGACCAAGUUUAUCCAGAUGAGCUCCAUUGGGGUGUCGAAAGAAUCUCAAAUUCGAGUUGCCAAGAUAAUUGAAGUUCUUUGCGAUAGCUAUAAGAAUUUCAAACUUGGGUCUAAAGAAUCUAAGUUGUUCUUUGAGCAUAGCAGACGCCUUAUGAAGGAAAGAUGGGAAAAGCUAAGGGAAGUUAUCGAACAAAAUAGUGAUUUCAGUUUGCCAAACUUUCCAAGGGCUUAUUGUAACUUCACUAAUGAAUCAACUGAGACAUAUCCUGCUUUUGCAUGGUUGAAGUGCACGAAAGAUGAAGAUUGUGAGAGUUAUCUAGAGAAGAAGAUGAAAAUACUUGUUAGAGGUGGGACCCGAUUUGGAUCUAAUCCAAGGUAUGCUAGACUUAGCAUGGUUGGUAAAGGUGAAGACUUUGAUGAAUUUUUGAAGAGGCUAUCAAGAAACACCUAA